AAUCUAUUUACGGAUGAAGGUGUGUCAAAAAUGAACGUUGCUAACAAUAUUGGUCCAUAUUAAUUUACCAAGGUUGAGAAAGAACACCUGGCUGCCUUCGGCUAGGACAUAGACUUGCAAUAUGGUUCUAUUCGCCAACUGCCACUGGAACUAAUACGGCCAUGUUGGGACUCCUCGCGCUAUGUGUUGGCAUAGUGGCAGCCCAGGAAAGGCUAGGCCAAUAUAACGUCGACAAGAGCCAGAUCUCUGUCUCUGGUUUGUCCAGCGGAGGUGGCUUUACAACACAGUUCCAUGUGGUACAUUCAGCGUCUAUCAUGGGCGCUGCCCCAUUCUCGGGAGUGCCUUAUAACUGCAUGACGCAUCAUGGAGGCGAUUGUUCCCAAGACCCGGAUGUGAUAAACAUCGACACCUUGGUGACAGACACGAACAACUUUGCUGCUAAUGGAGAUAUUGACCCCGUGUCAAAUCUAGCACAAUCCAAGGUGUUUGUCUUCCAUGGCCCACAUGACUUCUUUGUAGAGGCCGGUGCCGGCAGGAAGAUCGUAGAAUACUACCAACGAUUUAAUGCUGAUGUCAUCGGUGAAUUUGACAUUCAGGCGGGUCAUGGCUUCCCAACUUGGGACUACGGAACUGACUGUGACGCUACGUUUAUUCCAGGUAUCAACAGAUGUCAGUAUUGGGGCGCUUACAAUGCAUUGAACCACAUUUAUGGCGGGAACCUUCAAGCACCUGACCCGAACACACCGACGCCCGGUCAAUUUAUUUCCUUCGACCAACAUGAGUUCAGAAACGCUGUUAGUAACACUGCUGCGUUUGACCCCAUCGGGUACAUCUAUGUCCCAAUUGGCUGCCAGAACAGUGCCACCCCAUGCAGACUACACGUUAACUUCCACGGCUGUUUCCAAGGAAGACAAGGGUGGAUCAUAGAUGACGAUGAGUAUGCUAGAAACACUGGCUAUAAUGAGGUUGGAGAAUUGAACAAUAUCAUUAUACUCCACCCCCAGAUUGAACCAACAGACGAUAACCCUGGAGGCUGUUGGGAUUGGAAUGGACUGGACAGUGCCGAUUACCAGACAAAACGAGGACACCACGUACAAAUCGUCAAGGCAAUGAUAGACAGAGUGACUGGUUAGAGAGGAUGUUUAGAACAUGCAAUCUCUCAUGUACAAAUUAGACUACUAGUACAUGUAUUCUAAAUCGAGUUGUUCAUCAAUAAAUGAAUAUAAGUUUAGGGUGAAAAUGCAAAAACUC